AUGCAAGGAAUCCUCAGUGACUCUGUGGAUAGCUCAGACGAUGAAUUCUUCGAUGCACGAGACGAGGUGGCGGAAGGCAAGAACGCCAUCCUGCUGGGCAUGAGCCAGUGGAACUCCAAUGACCUGGUGGAGCAGAUCGAGACCAUUGGGAAGCUGGACGAAAGCCAAGGCGAAGACCCGCCCUUCUGCUCCUCCGGCGUCCUGCAGGAAAAGCAACGGGAAUUGUACAGGGCAUCCCUGAGGAAGCACCGCUAUCCUGCGCAAGGCAGCAUCGAGAUCCACGAGGACAGCGAGGAAGGGGGUCAGCAGCAGACCUGCAAGACGCACGUCCUGUUCCUGGUGCUUCACGGAGGGAACAUCCUGGACACGGGCGGCGGGGAGCCCAGCAGCAAGAUGGCCGACAUCAACACCUUCGCCUCGGUGUUCGAGAAGGUGACGCGGGCCCAUUUCCCCGCCGCGCUGGGCCACGUCCUGAUCCGGCUCGUCCCCUGCCCGGCCGUCUGCUCCGAGGCCUUUUCCCUCAUGGCAAACUUGAACCCUUACAGUUACGACGAGACGUCUCUGAGCAGCAGCGAAGACCACAUCCCUCUGGCCGCCUUGCCCUUGCUGGCCAUCUCCUCCCCGCAGUACCAGGAUGCCGUUGCCAUGGUGAUCAGCAGAGCCAACCAGGUGUACGACGAAUUCCUCAAGUCUCCCGACGGGGCUGGCUUUAACGGGCAGGUGUGCCUGAUCGGGGACUGCGUGGGCGGCAUUCUGGGCUUUGAUGCCAUCUGCUACAGCACGGGGCCAGGAGAUGAGAGCCAAGGCAGUAGCAGGAGAGGCAGCAGCAGCAGCACCCAGGACGCCCCCCUGUCAGCCGAAGACUCCAACCUGGGAGGCCUGAAGCGCCUCAGCAAGAGCAACAUUGACAUCUCGGGAGUGACGGAGGACGAGGCGCCCCGGCAACUGUUGCCGCGGAAACAGAGCGACUGCUCCAGCUACGACUGUGACGCCAUCGCGCAGCACCACGCCUUCCUCUCCAGCAUCCACUCCACCAUGCUGAACGAGGACGCGGACUUCCCCCCGGAGAGCUCCUCUGCCAUGUUGGAUGUGAACCUGGGGCGUUUUGAGUUCGAAGUCUCCGAUUUCUUCCUGUUUGGGUCGCCCCUGGGCUUGGUGCUGGCGAUGAGGAGGACGGUGCUGCCGGGCCUGGAAGUCUCCCAGGUUCAUCCAGCCUGCAACCAAGUUUACAGCCUCUUCCAUUCGGCCGACCCCUCCGCCUCCAGGCUGGAGCCGCUGCUGGAGAAUAAAUUCCACCUGCUGCCUCCCUUUACCGUCCCGAGGUACCAGAGACACCCGCUGGGAGACGGGAGGUCCCACCUCUUAGCCGAUGCUCUCCAGCGCCACAGUGCCCUAUUCGUGGAAGACGGCUCUGCAGAGCCCCCCUGCUUCGUGGGAACGGGGGAGCCCCCGAAUGCGAAGGGGCGAAGAGGGAGCGUGGGCAGCAGCAGCGAGAGCUCCGGGUCGACGGAGAGCUUGCUGGCCCCCAGCGUGGCCCGGAUCACUUCCAGAUGGUGGGGAGGCAAGCGGAUCGACUACGCCUUGUACUGCCCGGACGCCCUGACCGCCUUCCCCACCGUGGCUCUGCCGCACCUCUUCCACGCCAGCUACUGGGAGUCGACGGACGUGGUGGCGUUCAUUCUAAGACAGGUGAUGCGAUUUGAGACCGUCAGCGUCAAGGAGAGCAGCAGCCUGGACCCAGCGACACUCAGCCCCUCCAAUCCGCGGGAGAAAUGGCUACGCAAGAGGACCCAGGUCAAGCUGCGGAACGUCACAUCCAACCACCGAUCGAACGACGUCAUUGCGGCGGAAAACGGCCCGCAGGUGCUGGUGGGGCGCUUCAUGUACGGCCCCCUCGACAUGGUGGCGCUCACGGGGGAGAAGGUCGACAUCUUCAUCAUGGUGGAGCCCUCCUCGGGCCGGUGGGUCUACUUCGAUACGGAAGUCACCAACAGCAGCGGCCGGGUCUCCUACAGCAUCCCCAAAGAGAGGAGACUGGCGGUGGGCGUCUACCCGGUCAAGCUGGUGGUCAGGGGAGACCAGAGCAGUGCCGUCAGCUACCUGACCGUUCUCCCCCGAGGGAUGGAGUCUGUGGUCUUCAGCAUCGACGGCUCCUUUGCCGCCAGCGUCUCCAUCAUGGGCAGCGACCCCAAAGUCCGGGCCGGAGCCGUUGACGUUGUCAGGCAUUGGCAGGACCUGGGCUACCUGAUCCUCUACAUCACGGGCCGCCCCGACAUGCAGAAGCAGCGCGUCGUCUCCUGGCUCUCCCAGCACAACUUCCCCCAAGGGAUGAUCUUCUUCUCCGACGGCCUCGUCCAUGACCCAUUGAGGCAGAAGACCAUCUUCCUCCGGAACCUUGUCCAAGAGUGCCACAUCAAAAUCUGCGGCGCGUACGGCUCCAUGAAGGACGUCUCUGUGUACAACGUCCUGGGCCUCGCCCCCUCCCAGAUCUACAUCGUCGGGCGGCCAGCAAAGAAGUAUCAAUCUCAGUGCCAGUUCGUCAGCGAGGGCUACGCCGCCCACCUGGCCUCGCUGGAGUCCAGCCUCCCCUCCCGGCCCAAGAAGAGUGGCAGCGGCGGCGGCAGCCGCAUGAUCCUGCGCAAGGGCAGCUUCGGCCUGCACUCCCAGCCCGACUUCCUGCACAAGCGCAGCCACCUGCGCAGGACGAUGUCCGUGCAGCAGCCCGACCCGCCCUCUGCCGCCCCCAAGCCGGAGCGGGCCCAGAGCCAGCCCGAGUCGGACAAGGAGCACGACCGGCACCUGCCCCCCAUCGGCUGGAUGAGAGGGGGGGUCCACAAGUUCGAGUCCGCCCCGUAG